GAAUUGACGUUUCAAGCUCCAAGCGUUAGCGGGAAUGAUCCAUUCGCGACAACAGAGGACAUACGACAUGAAAAGGACGAGUCCGCUGCGAGAAGAAAUGGUAUCUGACACCCAAAACGGACCUCAUCAAGAACAGGAGAAUGAAACGCAGAUUGAUGCUGCAUCGCCGUCAUCGAGCGUUGAGCUGGCGGAGAGCGCGCGUCCAUGCUCGACAUGCCCGUCGGUGCUUUCAAAUUCUCGCGAGUUGAAUCACCAACGCAACCACAACUCACCUCGCAGCACGGAUUGCAGUGGCGAGGAGGACUACGGAUGCGGCAAAUGCAACAAAGUAUCCACCGACGAGCGGCCCGUUCAUCGGACGCUCUCGCCCAAUAGUUGCACGGAUUCUGAAGGAGGUAGCUCUGAAGGAGGUUCCGACAGACCAGUGACGAACAGCAACGAGCUCACCAGUGGCGAUUCGCCAGAAUCGCUUGACCGACAGGAAGCGUCACCUAGUGGCCGCGCGACUAACAAACGGAAGUGCCCGGACACGGACGACGCGGAGAGCGAGAGGAGAGAGAGCAAGAUCCUCUUGAACAACUUCAAGAUGGUGAUCAGGCUGGACGAGGGUUUCACUUGCCCGGUCUGCGGACGGCAGGAUUUCGCGACCAGCGCACUGCUGCAGACUCACCUGGAGAGCUCCCACCCGGAGUUCCCGGCCAAAUGCGAGGUCUGCAACAUCACAUUCAAGAACCAUCGCACGCUGAAUCUGCACCGCACCAUGAAGCACUUCAGCGAGAGCGCGGCCGGCACGAAUAGCCGGAGUGUUCGCAACUAUGUGGAUGGCUUCAACGACUGCACGUUCGUCGACUUCUCGUCCACUAAGUUCCCGACGAUCGCGCGAGCAGUGUGCGAGCGGGAGCCGCACCGGCCAGCCUCCGGCGAGGCGAAUAAGUUUCAGUGCAUGAAGUGCCUCCGCGCGUUCCCCUGCAGCCAAGCUCACCUGGCCCACGAGGAGGAGUGCAAAGGUCCUUAUGAGAACAAGAGGACCAACAAUGACAACAACAACAACAAUAAUAUCAGUACCAAUAAUAACCUCGACAAUGAUCUAGACAUCGCCAGUCCACCGGCAGAUGACCUGAAGAUAAAGCGCGAGACCUUCUUCGCGACCUUGGACUUGCAAAAUAAUUCGACGAUGCAUGAGGCCGUCAAAGAGCGCAAAGAACGAAUCAAGGAGCCUAUGAACGACAUCAAAGAGCCGAAAGACCUGGCGGACAUUCAGAGCAUCAUCCUGACCGUCGCCAAUAACGCACCCAUGUCCUUCCCACGCUCGGACGCCAGUACACCAGAGAACAACGUUAAGUUCAACCUCAGUGUCGGCUCCUCCGGCUCCUCAGGCACCUGCUCGUCCGAGUACACGGAGGAAGAGGGUCACGAGUCCUUCGCCGCGGAAUUCCGCAAGAUGAAGCUAAAGGGUGAGUUCCCUUGCAAGCUGUGCACAGAAGUGCUUCGCAACUUGCGGGCGCUCAAGGGGCACAAUCGCGUGCACAUCAAGCACGCCGGCGAUUAUGGCUUGCCGUAUCCGUGCAACAUGUGUUCUUAUACCAGCACCGACAAAACGACACUGCAGAGGCAUGUAAGGUCCCACAACGGCGACCGGCCAUUCGAGUGCUCGCUAUGCAACUACGCUUUCACCACCAAGGCGAAUUGCGAGAGGCACGUGAAGAAGACACAUAAUAUGUGCAGCAAGGAGGACAUUCAGAACGCACUCAUCUACCAUCCGAAUGAGGACUCGACCAACGAUAAUGUCGUCGGCAGGAGCUCGCCCCGAGCUGGCAGGGAGGACGCACGGAAGGCGCUUAUUUAUCCGAACGAGCACGACGAGGUUGUUCCUCAACACCAUCAACAGCAGCCUUACACGUUGGACUGCAGGUACUCUGGACCGUCGACGUUACCAGCGGCGACACGCUCCGAGAAGCCAGAGCCCCUCAACCUCGUGAAGAAGGAUACCCCGGAUCUAAUCAUGCUGCAGCUGCCGCUCAUGAACGCUAGCUGCUCGCGAGCGGACGAAGACGCUGAGUCAAGAUCGUCGGACGGCAGCGUAUCUCUAGUCAGUGAUACCAGAGCAGACCAAAGAAUUCAAGCUAGUCCGAUGAAUCUGUCGAAACCGUCCACGAGCGGUGGUCAUUUCGUGUCGGGCGUGAACGGAGAAGAGGGUCCAUUGGAUUUGUCCAUGGACGUGUUGGACCUAAGUAAGAAACAGAAACGGGAAGGCGAGGCGUCCACGGAGUUGCAGCAUAACAACAGACAAAGAGACAUAUACAAUGUGACUAGCCACGCGUUGUUCCUCACGCAUGCGCUCAUGAGCAACGCCGCCGCCACGCAGAAUUCCGUGCCGACGUCGCUCGAGAGCUUUUAUGCCAACACGCGCUCUCUGAUCUACCGUAAUUUCGGCACAUUGACGGCAGACGCGGUCAGAGCCGGCAUGAUACCGCCAUACUUGCUGAAUCCGCAGGUACUGAAUCACGGAUUGGCGGUGAACGGCAGCAAGCUACAGAGAGACCUCGUGCGAGGUCUGCAGCUGACUGGCGGUGGCACCAUGGUGGAUCACUCGUUACCCAGCACGAGCUACGCCGUACACCCUCAGGUGAGUGGCAAUGUCGGAACUCCGCAGACCUCGAGCGAGCAGAGUGCGUACGCGAACUCGUCGAGCACGCAGAUCGCAACCACUCAGCAACAGUCCACGUCAGCGCGUCAGCUGACGCGACGGACCGAGAGCGUGCCGUCCAGCAAUUCCGUGAAGAUGGUGCUGAAAGACGGGAUACUGGUGCCCAAGCAGAAACAGCGCAGAUACCGCACCGAGCGACCGUUCUUUUGCACGAUCUGCUACGCGCGGUUCACCCUAAGAAGCAACAUGGACCGACACGUGAAGCAACAGCAUCCCCAGCGUUGGAGCCAAAAGAAAGCUCGCGGCGGCCACUCGACCAGAGGCAGGCCUCCCGCGAACCACACGGCAAAUGUGCUCGCGCAGAACUCAGAAGUCGUCCCGGAAGAUGUCGAUUCGCCCGUCUCGCAAAUGGCUCAGUUAAAUCCGAGCACAUCGCGCACCGAGUCGCCGAUGACCUCAACGGAACACAGCCGGCAUUCUAUCUCGGACCAGGUAAAAUACGCGAUUCUGGCGCAGCAAUUGAAAGCUAGCAAAAUGGAUGACAACGACUCGGAGCAAGAAAUGGUAAUAGACGAGGAAUCGACCGACAAGGAUUCACAGAAACCGCAAGCUCAGCAAGAACUCAGCGCGAGCUUGUUAAGGGAUCAGCUGGAGGGCAAUGAGGUUGUCAAAGACAUCGUCGUGAAGAUGGAGGUUGAAGACUCUGCGGAGGGGACGUCGGAGGAAUCUCACGAGCAAAUCGUGCAAACUAACGUCGAUGAAAUUAAGAAAGAGGAAUUCCCGGUCACGGAAAGCAAAGCGACGUGCGGCGGAAGCACGAUGAAGACGAGAGCCGCCGGAGGCGAACAGGGGAAACUGGAGGAUGGCACAGCGGACUUGGCGAGCGUGUCGAAACUCUUGGACAACGCUUCCCAGCAAUACCAGCAAUUUCAACCGCAGUAUUUGAGCGACGAGGAAGGUCUGAUAGCCUCGACCAGUGAUUACAACAAUUCGGGCAGUGAAAAGUCGGACUCGCCCAAUUCACUGAAUUCUGAGACCUCGUCAAGCAAGAAAAGAAAGAAGAAGAAGAAGUCUGCGUACUCGAUGGCGCCAAACAGAGUGAUCUGCCCGUAUUGCCAGCGCCCGUUCCCGUGGACCUCAUCACUGAGACGGCAUAUCCUCACUCAUACUGGUCAGAAGCCAUACCAAUGCAUCCACUGUUCACAUCACUUCACCACCAAAUCUAACUGCGACCGCCAUUUGCUGAGGAAGCACAAGACGAAGGCGAACAAGACCCGUCGCAUUCGGAACUCCACAUCGCCGGAGGUCGAGCAGACGGUCGCCAACAGCAAUAGCAACACGUUCACCACGAGGAACGUGCCCGAGAGACCAUAUAAAUGCAACCAGUGCCCGAGCUCGACGUUCUCCACGUUGGGCAACCUCAAGAAACAUCGCUCAACGAAGCAUGCACUUCGCAAGACCAAAUGCAGGUCGGAUACGCCGUCCAGUGAUCAGCAGAACAGUCCACCGCAGUCGUCCGCGCAGAACGACCAAAGUGACUACGAGAGCCGGUCGUCCAGCGUCUCUGAGAACACGGACAACUCGCCGCCUAUCACUAAGUCGAACGCCACCACGUCUCCGACGAUGAAUCACGAAACUAUCAGGUCUCGCAAGUCAUCCCCAGCGCCGGUUGACGUGCCCUUUAAGUGUCACCUGUGCGACAGCUGCUUCACGGACCGUCAAGACUGCCUGGAGCACAUCAAGGUGAACCAUAAAGACAAGUACGAUAUGCUGGUGAUCAAGGGUGCCUUGGACAUGGAUAUAGACGCGUCUGAGGAUCAGAUGCUGGCGCAGCAGCAUUCCAGCGACGGCGAAGGGAAAGGCGGCCGUUUCCAUGACUACAGUAAUAGAAAAGUUGUAUGCGCAUUCUGCUUGAGACGAUUCUGGUCCGCAGAAGAUCUCAGGCGGCACAUGAGGACCCACACCGGCGAGAGGCCCUUCCAAUGCGACAUAUGUCGCAGGAAGUUUACCUUGAAACACAGCAUGCUUCGUCAUCGUAAGAAGCACGAGUCGGUCGAUUCGUCCAUGUACAUAGGUAACAGCGGCGACGAGGAGAACCCACCCACGCAGCCACCGACGAUAACCCCAAGGAGCCAACAGCAUUCGCCGGUACCCACGAACACAAGCAGACCUCGGACUCAGGACAGAAUCUCUCUGCCGACCGUCGCGGCGGUCGCAACCGCGGACGCGGCACCCUGCGCGCUGAUGCGAUACAAUCACUACGAUAACAUGGCCACUCUGACCGGCAGAAUGGCGAACGAUGGCUCCCAAAACGCCGCGCAUCCUCCCCUUUGCUCGACCCCUCCGCCCGCGGAGGCACCAGGCGAAAGUGGUGAGAACGAUCUGAUCUCCGACUUGCUGGGAAUACGCGAGAAAGGCCUACUGGACAAGGUUCUUCUCAGCACGGCGGACGAUGCGGCGAAAUUGUUGGGUGUCAAUCGUAGCGAGUGAUAAACGGUUAAGCGAAAAUCUAGGCUACCGGGAGUAGCGAGCAGUUUCGAGUCCGAGCGCGGACUGUUGAUCGGUACUGAAAAGAGCAACGACGAUCUGACAAUCUGCCAGACAAUGAGAAAAAUACGAGGGCGAAUCCGAAAUGAUUCGCAUUGUAUUCCGAAAAUUUAUUAGGACACCAUCAAUCUUUUUUAUACGUCAUCAUGGUAGUAAACAAUUAUGUGAAUAAAUUUAGUACUAUUAAUUUAUAUAUUUUAAUAUGUGAAUAUAAAUUAUUAGUAUCGAUUAAUUUGUUAUUAUGUGUUGUUAAAGUGUUACGCAUUUCCAUGUAGAAAUAGGGGAGAAAUUUUUUAGAGAACUUCUGAGAAAAAAAAAGUAAAAAAUCAUGUUCUAAUUUACCGUUAUAACUGCUAAAAUAACAGCGAAGAUUAACUAAAAUUGUACUCAAUGAGAAUAUCCUCAUAGAAGAAUGUUUUAAAAUGAGAGAUGAACAAAUCUUCGUCGUUUCUCGCGUAUCAUCUUGCUAGGGACAUAACAGUGAACAGUAUUCGCUAUAAUGAAAAAUGUAAUAAGUUAAAGCUCGCAAUUCUAAGUAAACGCAGAAAAUUAUUAUUUAAAAAGUGUUGCAUCAUGAUGCUUUAAGGGGUUGUCGACUUGCUUCGAAUCAAUAACUGCAAAAUCAUCUACAUAAAACAUGUUUUUCAACCUAAAACCUAAGACUUUUUUGUAAAAAUAUACAGACAUUUGAGGCAAGACAUCAAGAAACUUCUAAUGUUGAAGAAAUUUUUAAUGUUGUUUAAUAAAUGUAACAUCUGUAUAUCUUCACAAAAAAUAUAUUAGGUUAGAUAAGUAUAUUAAUAAUAUAUAAAUUACAUAUAUAUAUAUAUAUAUAUAUAUAUAUAUAUAUAUAUAUUAAUAAUAAAUAUACUAGAAAACAAGACAUUCUUGCGCAAUUACUUGCUUUGUUCUCGAUCCGAAGCAAAUCGACGAUUUCUUAAACAGCUUUGAAUGAACCAAAUAAGCGAUAUUCUAAAAUUAUAAGAGUAAUUCUCUGUCAUCAAUCUCUCUAACAUCGAUCAUUGAUGGAUCAUGUUAACCGGAUAAUUCUAAAUCUGAAUAAUAAUAAAUCUUAGAUAAUAAUGACAAACGUAUUGAUCGUUGACAUCUUUUACAUCAAAUUAAAAAGAUGCGAGACCAAGGCUGUGAAAUGGAUGUUUCGAUAUUUAAAGAUACAAUCCUAUCGUAUAUGGAUGUCCUAUCCUAUCGUAUGGAUGUAUCGAUUAUUCCAACGGCAAUAUGAAGACGAGCAUCCUCUGAGUUUAUUUUGAAUCGUAAAUCAGUUUGGCUUUUUUCUGCGACAUUUCAUUGUAGCGAAUGCUGCUCACUGUUCCACUUUUCGCACGAUAUAUCUCGAAUCAAGAAUUAUGAAAUAAAUGAUUUGUUCCUCAACGAAAACUUCAUUUUGUGAGGAUACAGCUUGAGUUAAGACGCAUCAGGUGAUCGAAAAACUUAGGAGGUUAUUCUGAGAAACGAUGACCUGCAAAUUCUUAAUGUUGUUCUAAUAAAUUUUACAGUUACGAAUAACUGUUUAUACUCCUUCGUAUGAGGAUGGAAGAGCAAAGUCAGGCGUGAGAGCAGGAGGCACCCUUGAGUCCGCGACUCGCGAGCGGAGCGUAGAUCGAAUCGUCAGUUCGAAUUCACGGAGCCUUCGCGUUUAUUCAAGGUUCACGAUCGUGCCUUACAUUCUUCAUCUAUGUUUAUCAUGUGCGCGCGCGCGCGAUAGAACGUCGUAUUUCGGCGAGGUCCUUCUCGAUCGAACGGGAUGUUGAGGAGAGCGGCAGCGACCGCGAUGAGACUUUGCGCCGCGUGCAAUUGUUACCCUCUGCGACAUGAAGUUUCACUUCGCCGGGAAGUACACUGAGUGUCGCGUAAUCGACAGGUUAUAUACUCGUCACGUGAAAAAUAGGUGCAGUGAAAACCGAUAAGGAUUCAUCAAAUCGAUAGGGAUUCAUCUCAGGAAUUCGUCCUCGUCGCGUCUCUCUGAUUUUCUACACGUCAGGGAUUGGUUUUACACACUCCCCGUCAGUUUCCUUCUAUUUUACCCUCCCUCUUUUUCUCUCUAUUUUAUUCGCAUUCUUAUCUGCGAGGGAAUAGAAGGAGAUUCGACAUACCUGAAACCAAUCCCCGAUUUUGAAGAUCAGACGCGGCUAGUCUCUCACAGAGAACACGCGAAUGCCUCUCGAUUCACCUAUUUUCCGCUUGGUAUGCUUAUUCCCAUCAAACCACUGCGAAUUUUGUAUCAUUUACUAUCAUUAUUAUCGUCAUCAUCAUGUAAUCUUUCCUUCUACCGUGUCGAAAGUACCUGCGCUGAAUUUUUCACUCAUUUCGCGAACAUAUUGUUCUAUCUUAACUCUGUUUCAUCUUAACUCUGAAGCGUUCACAUGAAAAGUCAGAUGGUUUUAUCGCAGUUACGUCUGUCUGUAGCGACGUAAACAUCUAAACAUAAUUAAAAGUAGUCUAGCAUCCGAAUUGACUAUGUUAACUGAUACUGAAUAAUUCUAAAUCAGAAUGAUGAUAUAUAUGUAAAUUUGAGAUAAUGAUGAUAAACAUACCGAUCACUGAAUACGCGCUGAAUAAUUGUCAAUUUACUUGAUCAGUAUAAGUCACGAGUUCUCAUUGUCGAAUCUUUCUCUUGGAUAAAAUUAAAUUUUUCAAAUUCGAAGAUUUUACCAUACAAAACUGCAUAUAAGACAUAAAACCAUUCUUUCAUUUCAUUAAGACUCCUGACUCGUCGCUGCAGCCAUCUUGCUUUAUGACAGCAGAAAAACGAGAAAUAUACUUAAAAAUGUCUAGCAAAGUACGUAGAAGUAAAAAGAUGUAUUUAUAAAAUAACACUUAUAAUUGAUCGAGCAAAUGUUUAAAAUAACCCAACCGCUUACACUUUAUUCUAGCAGUCAGUAAAUAACUAUAAAAUUAAUAAAAUAAUUAAUUAGUGAAGGAAAUUAAUGUGUGUGUGAGAUUAAAAAAGGUUACGUGUCAAUUUUACGCUAAGUUGUUGAUUAUUAGAGCAAAAGGAAGGACUAUUUUACAGAUGCACCCGAUCAAUUGUGUCAUUUGAUACUUAUAUUGAUAUAAUCUAUAUCUAUUUAUAUCUUUUUAUUAUACAUAUUUUGCAAGGGUUUUUCCCGUCUCUGCGGUCAUCAAUCGAGAGUCGCGAGAAAGAGCCAGGAGUCUUAAAAAGAAAACAAGGAACACAGAAAAGAAUAAAAAUUUAGAGGAAUACUAGAAUGAUUAAAAUUUGAUGACAGUCGAUACCCAGUAGACAUCAACUCUCUAGCAGUAAACAUCACAUGAAUAUUAUAAUUUCUCACUUAACAAUAUAUAACUAUUAUACGUACAGCGUGUGUUAUAUUACACUUACAUAUUGGGAAAUUAUAAUAUUGUAACGUUACUGCGUUCGCUGAUAUUUACUGGGUAAAAAUACGAUCGAAAUGUCACGUAUCUUCCUCCUUCACUAACGCACGGGCAUUAGACAACGAAACGAUUUAUGCUUUUUAACCCAAGUUCCUUCGUAACGCCUCGAGUCUUCGUUUUCCCUCGCGAGAAGCGCAUGCUUUGCAUCCUGUACAUAUGUGAGUCGUAUGAAUUUUUCAGAAUACGCUUACAAUUCUCGAUGAUCGCGCGUGUACAUCGCUUGUCGUUCACGGAGCGCGGCACUACCCAUGACGGAAAACGCGAAAUCGUCGGGAGGAGUGACACGUGUGUGUGUGUGUUGCAUUUCUGUUCGCGCCAGUAUUAGACGAAGUUCGCGGUCCCGAGUCUCAUGUCAGUCGUGCUCGCGCUUCGAACGAUCGUCUCUAUCGCGAGAAGACGUCGCUGCGUUUAAUCCCAAAGAUUUUGCGGUAUAGACUAAGUUAUACAUAUAUAUAUAUAUAUAUAUAUAUAUAUAUAUAUAUAUAUAUAUAUAUAUAUA